AGGAAAGUUCAAGACAGUGCCCAUGAGCAACCGUAAGCACAUGCCUAAUAAAGGAACGCUACUACAGAUUGGAGCGAAUAGCAUAUUCCUAUGGCUUAUGGGAUGACGACCAGCAUUGGAUCAAUUCCUGAGAAAAGAUGCCACCCUCCAUGUCUCUUCCUGAGUGACAUUCCCAUUUCUGAUAAAUACAGAGUCUGUUCGGACUCCAAUCCAAAUCCACACAGAUGGUGUGAACGAUCAGAAAAUGAUCUUCUUUCACAAAGGAGGAAUAAAAGUUUGGAUAAGAGUGUCACAGGAAGCUAGGCUAACAUUCUGACUGUCAUUCUACCACUGAGCUAAAGAGAUGCUAUUAGUUUGGGUUACAUAGAACUGCUGUCAGUGUGACAGUAAUCAUCGGAGGAUAAUCGGACCAGU